GCGACAACCGCACGAAUGGGAAAGAGCGACUGCGACAGAACAAGAGAGAGUGCGCAGAGGGACGACGGUUGGUGGAACGAAGAAGCAAACUCGACAGAGAGAGCGAGAGAAGUGGACUGCGAAGAAGAGAGACGAAACGAGGUGAACGAGCGAGCAAGAGACGGACGACGGUACAGAGUGGCGGUACACGGGGCGCGAGAAAAGCGGUAGUGUGCCGUGGACCACCGCACUGGCAUACCGUGAUUCGUUACGAUCCCCAUCGUACUUCGACUCGUACUUCGGACCUCACAGUCAUCAGCGAAGUCACAAUACGACAAGUGCUAGUGCAGUGCAGACUGGCGAAGUCACCUUUGAUUUCGUGACAGAUCGACCGGCAACAAGACAAGGCCUUGACCCGACCUCACCCGAUCGCGAUUUGUAUAUUUUUAAUAGAAAAGGAAGGAAUCGCCCGCGAGGGUGGUCGCGUGCCGACUGACCGAAUCGUCGUCGGGCGCGCACGCGGUAGAGAGAAACCCACAGGCAAUUUUAUAGCCCGUCUUAUUACCUAAGUUUAUUGCAUCGUAACGAUUUAACGAUCAUCGCCCCGUUUCCAUAGUCCAGACCACCGGUUUAAUGCUUCGCCUGUAGCGGUAACCAUAACAAGAUCGUAAAAUCCCCGCCACUGUCAUGAAACCUAUUCUGAAUUGCACUUCCGCGGUCUACUGACAUUGACACUUUGGGUGUAACCGACUAUAUUUGUCGAUGACUUUUAUGGGCUCUUAAAGCGACUCUUAAUGUUCGUCUAUUUGUCUGUCAUCAUACCUGUCGCCGCCCGCGUCAAACAGCGUAUCGCUUCUUCGAGUGUUUAUGUCUCGCAUUCGAACGUUGAACGUGGCACAAGAUCAAAUAUCUAAUUGUCGUACAAAAAAAAAACUAAGUAAGUGUAACAUUAAAAUUAUUAGAUUGGAGUACGGACUAGUAAAAUUCGACUAGCCGCAUGCACUCCAUGUAACUGUAAGCUGCUCCGAAUCCUGGUUCGAAUUCUGAAACAGCUUCUCUCGCUACCUCUUUUUCGAGUGCCGGUGUUUUAGUGCCAGUGAUCCAAAAUACCCGGGAUAAUGAACUCGUACUUUGAGCAGACCGCGGGCGGCUUCUACGGAAGCCACCAUCAUCAAGCUGGAGCGACGAGUCAACAUCAUGAUCCAGCUACUGCAGCGGCAUAUCGAAACUUUCCACUCGCAUUGGGUAUGUCGCCGUACGCCUCGACGCAGCAUCACCAUCACACAUCCUCUUCGUUAGGGAUACACCCGGGCGGUGGAAGCAACACGAGACCACCGCAAGACUCGCCGUACGAUGCGAGCGUUGCGGCCUGCAAGCUUUACUCGACGACACCCGAAGCGACCGGUCACACAACGUCCUCAUACUCGACAACGGCGACGAAAGACUGUAAGCAACAAGAUCAAACGUCGACUCAUCAAAACGGCUAUGCCGCGGUGAUGGCGGCGGCGGCGGUCAAGGACGUGUGGCAGUCAGCGACCUCGGGAGCGAACAGUCAGAGUAAUUCGGUCGUACGUCCUUCCGCGUGUACUCCGGAGAGUACGAGGGUCAGUAGCUACGGUGGCCUCGUAGGCGGCGAUCCUGCAUCGAGUCCCGGUAACAACAGUUCGUCAAGAUCCCUCACGUCGUCCUGGAACACCUGCAGUUUAAACUCGUCCGCGAGUCAACCGGUCGCCACACAACUGCAUCAGCAACCUACUGCCAACCAUACCUUUUACCCCUGGAUGGCUAUAGCAGGAGCGAACGGAAUGCGCAGACGUGGUCGACAGACUUACACGCGCUAUCAGACUCUGGAACUGGAAAAAGAAUUCCACACGAAUCACUAUCUCACCAGGCGGAGGCGGAUCGAGAUGGCACACGCUCUCUGCCUGACAGAACGGCAAAUCAAGAUUUGGUUCCAGAAUCGGCGAAUGAAGUUGAAGAAGGAGAUUCAAGCGAUCAAGGAGCUAAACGAGCAGGAGAAGCAAGCACAAGCGCAAAAGGCAGCAGCAGCAGCGGCGGCGGCUGCGCAUCAACAGCAAGGAGGCGGUGGAGGACCGGAGGGGGGUAACUAGGGGUACGCCCUGCAUCGGAGCCCCCCGGACCACCCCACCGCCAAUCCACACCACCCUCUACUAGCACCGCAAUGUACACAGCUAUAUUAAAGGUGAGUGGCAGGCUGCAUUCGCUGUCUCUGCAAUGCCAAAUAGAUGGUCGAUGUGCGUAUCUGUCGAUCGUCAAUUUAUCGGUUGCGGCGAAUCGGAUGCUGCACCCGGUGAGUGACGAACCUCCCCCCCCCCCCCCCAACCCUCACUGCGGCUACCUCCCGUAGCUCACUUUGACCGAUAUGUUCCCAGACCAAUCAGUAUCCAAGUACACAGUAUCAUCCGUAUAAGCCUAGUGCUGUUGUAGUCGUUCCCCUUUCUGGUCUCUCUACCUGUAGUUUCUGCUUUGGUGCAGUAGCAUGUAGAUAGGGGGUUGAAUUAUCGAGGGUGGCCAAUCAGCCAACGUCCGCGGAUACGGGGUGUCGUUUGCGAAAAAUCGACCGAGAACAGAGUCACAUUCUCUACAUUGCGAUAGGUUGUACGCGAUUAAUAGAAACUGAGAUACGUAACGAAAAGGCUACAACUAUUCAUAGGAUUAAAAUAUAGGACGUAUAGAGAAGCAUCUAACAUUCUCGGUGGGCGAGAUCGAGUCGAUGCGAACGAUUAGUUCGUGACGAGCGCAGCGUAGGCACGACUCUUUUACAACUCAAUGUACAAAAUUACUAUUUUAGCACGUUUCUUUAGAAAUCUUACUUUUUUUUAUUUAAUUUUUUCUCGAAAAUG